GCCCAAGCCACUCGACUUUGCUCCCUUCGACUGUGUUUCCUUACCGUGCGCUCGACCCAUCUGACAGCGCCGAAUCGCCAUAAUAGCGAACCUGCCUACGAUGCGUGAAAUUGUAUGCAGCCCAGGCCCGACUUGACGCGCAAUGGAGCUCAUACGGCUGACUUUGCGGCCCCUAUUUGUGUCUAGGUGCACCUCCAGGCCGGCCAGUGCGUAAGGAUUUGAUUCGUGUCCAACGGUUCGCCGAUCCUGAAUAAUGAUUUCACAGGGCAACCAAAUAGGUUCUGCCUUCUGGCAGACUAUUGCCGGCGAGCACGGCCUAGAUAGUAAUGGCAUAUACCAUGGAGACUCCGACCUGCAACUCGAUCGGAUGAGCGUCUACUUCACUGAGGCGUCCAGCAACAAAUAUGUCCCACGCGCUGUGCUCGUGGACCUAGAGCCUGGUACGAUGGAUGCGGUUCGCGCCGGCCCAUUCGGUCAACUGUUUCGCCCAGACAAUUUUGUCUUUGGACAGUCAAGCGCCGGCAACAACUGGGCCAAGGGCCACUACACUGAAGGCGCUGAAUUGGUCGACCAGGUGCUCGACGUAGUCCGUCGCGAGGCCGAGGGCUGCGACUGCCUGCAGGGCUUCCAAAUCGCUCACUCGCUCGGCGGCGGUACUGGCUCCGGCAUGGGUACGCUGCUGAUUUCUAAGAUUCGCGAAGAGUUCCCGGAUAGGAUGAUGGCUACUUUUAGCGUCGUGCCGUCGCCGAAAGUGUCAGACACCGUGGUGGAGCCAUAUAACGCGACCUUGUCCGUGCAUCAGUUGGUUGAGAACUCGGACGCAACUUUUUGCAUCGACAAUGAGGCACUGCUAGAUAUUUGCAUGCGUACAUUGAAAAUAUCUAACCCUUCGUACGGCGAUCUCAACCAUCUUGUAUCCGCCGUCAUGUCCGGUAUCUCAACUUCAUUGCGCUUUCCCGGCCAGCUGAACUCAGAUCUUCGAAAGAUGGCCGUUAACAUGGUAAGCCCGACCCUGCCGUGCCGGGCUGCGCGACCGUCAUUAGGUGAUGCUAACAAUGCUCUCCCAUUCUGUCCAGGUUCCCUUUCCGCGUCUACACUUCUUCAUGGUUGGCUUCGCACCACUAACCAGUCGUAGCGCGCACUCUUUCCGCGCUGUUACCGUGCCCGAUUUGACCCAGCAGUUGUUCGACCCCAAGAACAUGAUGGCCGGCUCCGACUUCCGUAACGGCCGGUACCUGACCUGCUCCGCUAUCUUCCGUGGCAAAGUGUCCAUGAAGGAGGUGGAGGACCAGAUGCGCAACUUGCAGCGAAAGAACUCGGCUUAUUUCGUCGAAUGGAUCCCCAAUAACAUACAAACGUCGUCAUGCUCCGUCCCACCACAAGGUCUGAAAAUGUCAUCCACCUUUAUCGGCAAUUCGACCGCCAUCCAGGAGAUUUUCAAGCGCGUUGGCGAGCAGUUCACCGCCAUGUUUCGCCGCAAGGCAUUUCUGCACUGGUACACGGGGGAGGGCAUGGACGAAAUGGAGUUUACGGAAGCCGAGUCCAACAUGAAUGACUUGGUAUCAGAGUACCAGCAGUAUCAGAAUGCGACCGCGUACGACGAGGAGGAGGCCGGAUACCGUGAGGAGGAGUAUGCCGAGGAGGAGGUCCCAGGUGAGGGGCUCACCUAAAUUGUAAUGGCUCUGCGACAAGGAGUACCUGGCUUAGUUUAGUGUCCCCGGCUUGCCAUCGUCGAGUCUAGAUGUCCAACUUUUCUGCUUUCGGCUUCUGUUUCCUUUUCAACCAGGCACUGCUUUCGGCUCAAAUGAACCUGCGCACACCCGAUAACUUCGUCACGGCCUCCCCCCCCCCCGGCUCCCUGGAUGUUAGUAAUCUUGCCGACCAUCUCCAUUAGCGCACUAAGCUUCGCUUCCGUCACUCUUAUCACUUCCUCCAGGUUCCUUACAUCCGUUUCUGUUUCCUGGAGCUUCACACCCAUCGGUUGGCGCCACGGGUACCUCUCCAAAGGGAUGAGAUUGUCUGAGUCUGACUGACCGAGCUCUAUCCGCUCAUCUAGCCACGCCAAUAGCUCCCCACCUGUUGAACGGCCCAUCUCGUCACAAGCCGCGGGAUGAUGAGGACAGAAGGGAC